AUGUUCCGACCCAGAAGAAGCGCUGGGCAGGCUGGCCCCCCUGAAGCACCAGCCGCAGAAGAUACUCAUCAGCCAAAGUUCCACUCGAUGCAAGAUAGGGAACAACUUAAUACACCUGCUACGUCAGCAUCUAGAGUCACUCAGCAGACCAUGUUUCGCUCUGCAAGAAACAUGGCGCCAGCUACUACCGCUCCUGCCGCAUCAGCCUCUCGGACUGCUCAUCAAGACAUGCCUCAACUCAUAUCUCAGCCAGGGAACAAUGCUAGACCAAACCAGACUAUUUCUACACAAGCAUUUCGCAGACCUCCGCGGUUUUUAAUGUCAGCGAGGGGAAACUCUGAAUUAACAAAUGCUUCCACCGCCUCGACAUCUCGAGCCACACGGCCUGCACCUCGACUCAUUGAUAGCAUUGAAUCCGAUGGCACUGAUGGCACUCCUCCACCAGCAAAUGCUUCUGCUACAUCGUCAUCUCGUGUUACACGACCUGCUUCUCGAUUCGUUGAUAGGAUUGAGUCUGAUGGUACUCCCCCACCAGCAAAUGCUUCUGCUACAUCGUCAUCCCGUAUUACACGACCUCCUUCUCGGCUCGUUGCCAGCAUUGACUUUGACGGCAUUCCUCCAUCAGCAAAUGCUUCUGCUACAUCGUCAUCUCGUAUUACACGACCUCCUUCUCGGCUUGUUGAUAGUAUUGAGUUUGACGACAUACCUCCACCAGCAAAUGCUUCUGCUACACCGUCAUCCCGUAUUACACGACCUCCUUCUCGGCUCGUUGCCAGCAUUGAGUCUGACGGCACUCCUCUUCUACCACCAUCUCGCAAUAUCCAGCAGCCCAUACUUCAGCAUGUGAGAAACACUGGCCCGCCUAGUCUUGGCUCCGUUAAUAUGCCCUCUACCUCAACGACUCGUGGCCCUAGGCCGUUCCCGUUGCCAGGCAGAAUAGAGACUGGACCAACUACUGCGUUAAUCACAACGGCACCGCGAACAGCUCAACAGCCCAUGCUUCAGCCCACGAGAAACGCCAUACCAGCUCAUGCUCCCACUGUUUCAGCGCCCAGGGUGGCUCUACAAUCUACAGCCCAGCCUACAAGAACAUUACCGGCUCAGAAUCCCUCUGCCUCAUCAUCUCGCACCUCUCAACAGGCUGCAUUCCGCCCCGUGAGGGCAGCCGCAGUGCCAGCAAAUGCUCCCGCUCCGCCAGCAUCUGCUUCUAUCCUCGAGUUCAUCUGCCUAUACACACACGACCUCCGCCGCAAGAAGAAGAGAUGGCAGGACGGAAAGCUCAAAUUCCACACCUUCAACAAGAAAUAUAUGGUGUAUGACGAGAGCGGAAGCUUCGUUGGCGACGGACACUGGCAAGGAGAAGAAGGCGAAUUCGCAGAGGGCCUCGAGAUGAGCCUCGAUCGAGGCAUGGCCAUUGUACAAGUCUUGGAGUGCACGGGCUCCAAGGAGCAGGACCUUGGGGAGGUCCUCGGGAAGAGGGCGAGGGAGGUGGAGGAGAGGCGCGUAAAUGCUGCAGCCAAAAACCCAGCAUCAACGGCUUCGUCGAACCCGGCGAAGAGGAGCAGGGGGGUCGCGGUGGUGGUGCGGGCGGCACCAUCCUCCUCAACAACUGCUGCCGCGAUCCCCCCUCCCCCUCCUCCUCCUCCCCCUCCUCCUCCUACCAGGAACGGAGGGGCAUGGAGCAAGCAUGCCGCGGACUUGCUGGGGAUGACCCGGCCAAGGAGGUAA